UUCUGUCCUCGAGUAGUCGAUGGUGACGCUGCGCUGUGGCGUGUUUGUGUCGGGUUUCUUGCCUUUCCGCAUUCCUUUGGACUUUCGGUCCCAUGCGGUCAGAUGCACGAUUCCCCACAAGCUCAGGGUUAAACCACGAUGUCAGAAAGUCAUGUCCGCCUCCGUGCUUCGAGGACUUUCUUUGGUGUCCAUCUCCUGAAGGCGGGCCAGUCGGGUUUGCUGGCACGCUACGCGUAACUUACGCGUCAAACAGACAAGCCGGCCUCUCCCACAGGCAAAACACUUCUUGGACACUUCGGCAACCAACCCCCAAUCUUUGUUCAACACAGAAAGCAGCCGUCCUCCCGACAACAGCAGUCUCUCUCACACCAAGGACAACACCUCAAAUGAGCUCAUACAACUAUCUCACGCUCCUCCUGUACAUUUACAUCACAACAGCCCUCCCCGUAGCCUCCACGUCCACCCAGUCCCCCAUCUUCGGCCCACCCCUCGGCACCUCCGAAAUCACUAUCAUCGUCCCCUCCACCCUCCAGCCUUCUGCACUCAUCAGGCUCAGGGCACACCCUUUCCUGUUGCUCCUGGGCAUUUGGCGGGGGUUGAACAUUUGGCAAGAAUUGAGCAUUAGCGUCCUGAUCCCAGAUUCUUCUGCGUUGGCUGAGUGGUUGAUUGCACAUGCCUCGAGGAUGUUGUUGAUAGAUGGAUUUUUCCACUGAAGGUAGUCGGGCAAUUCUUCGUCCCAUGGUCCACAGAAAUGGGACAUGUGAUGCAGUUUGCAAGCCAGUCUGCCUUUUACAGUCUGAGUCGCUACGCGUAGCCCUCGAGUCUUGACGCGACCCACACCCGGGAGACUCGGCGC